GUGUGCACUGUGACAGUGUGUGUGUGGAGGGCCGAUGGGGCCCAGACUGCUCAUACUCCUGUACCUGUGAGAACGGAGGCUCCUGCUCACCGGAGGACGGGACGUGUGUGUGUGCCCCCGGAUACAGAGGCACCUCCUGCAGACGCAUCUGUUCUUCAGGGUUCUAUGGGCAGCGCUGCAGCCAGUCCUGUCCUCAGUGUAUCCAUAGCGACGGUCCCUGUCACCACAUCACAGGACACUGUGAGUGUCUGUCAGGAUUCUGUGGCUCUCUGUGUAACCAAGUGUGUCCCAGUGGCAGGUAUGGGAAGGGCUGUGCAGAGCUGUGUAUGUGUAGUAACAACGGGACCUGUAACCCCAUCGAUGGCUCCUGUCAGUGUUACCCAGGAUGGAUCGGAGAGGACUGCUCUAAGGUGUGUCCUCAGGGUGCGUGGGGUCCAGACUGCAUCCAUACCUGUAACUGUCACAACGGGGCUCAGUGCAUCGCUACAGACGGACAGUGUAGCUGCAGCGCAGGGUGGAGCGGACUGUACUGUACACAACGUUGUAGUUCAGGGUUCUUUGGUAUCGACUGCUCCGAGGUGUGUCGGUGUCAGAACGGAGCGGACUGCGACCACAUCACUGGUCAGUGCUCCUGUCGGACCGGAUUCAUCGGACACAGCUGUGAACUCAAGUGUCGUCCCGGUACGUUUGGCUACGGCUGUCAGCAGCUGUGUGUGUGUCUGAACAACGCCACCUGUGACUAUGUGACUGGGACCUGCUACUGCAGCAUCGGAUACAAAGGCAUCCGCUGUGACCAGGCUGCCCUGAUGAUGGAGGAGCUGAAUCCUUACACUAAGAUCAGCCCGGCCUUGGCAUCAGAGCGCCAGUCAGCGGGCGCUGUCAUGGGCAUCAUCUUCCUCCUCCUCUUCAUCAUGACCGUGUUGGGGGUGGUGGUGUGGUGGCGGCAUCAGCAGAGAGAGAAAGGAGGGCAACACAUCCCCAGUGUGUCCUACAGCCCUGCCCUGAGGAUCAGCAGCCAGGGUUACUCCCUCUCUGACUCAUCUCCUACCAACAGCAACGUCAGUCGUUGUUUCACUAACCCCUCCUACCACACUCUGGGAGCGUGUACCUACGCUGGCCACUACGCCAAGCCUGACAAGAAGACCAGAAGGGCCAAGGUGAAGGACAAGAGGUUAAACAGGAAUAGUGCUCCAGAGUGGACAGCCUACUAUAACCUUGAUGAACUGGGUGUGUACCGUGUAGACAGACGUUACAGCUCCUGCCAUGAACAGUACUACAGAGACUACAUGAAGGGUUCGCUGUCCAGCAGCUGCUCUCUGAACAGUGAGAACCCCUACGCCACCAUCAAUGACCCGCUGGCCGUGGCCUGUAAACACACAGAGAGCAGCUAUGUAGAGAUGAAGAGUCCUGUCCACCACGACAUGUCCUACUGCUCCUCUGCUAUAGUCACCACCACCACCAGCAAGAAUGUCUAUGACGUGGAACCCAAGGUGAGUGUUCUCCAGGGCUGUAAUGGUGUGGUGGUUCCCACGUACCCUCAGAACCCGUACGACCUCCCCAGGAACAGCCACAUCCCCAGCCACUACGACCUGCUGCCCCUGAGACACAGCCAGAGCUACAGCCCUACACACAGCCAGAGCCACAGCCACCAGAGCCACAGCCCACCCCUGCCCGGCAGCCCUACCAGCUCCCUGCUAUAG